AACAUCUAGAAUCAUUCGGUAUGUACGAUCUCGGCGCUUUCAUGACAGGAGCCUCGGUUUCUAAUUUUACAUCUCCGUAACAAUUCAGACCAUCAUCAUGAAGAUUAUCACUAUAAUCGGCGCGAGCCUCUUGGGUUCGGCCUCUGCUGCAAGCAGCCAAGUUGUCACGAUGCUUCUCCCGAACAUGAAUGAUGAGCCCUGGGUUGCGUCCGUCGUUGGUGAAAACGAUGCUGCAACUACAUAUGCCGUUAACUGCGGUUCAGGCACGUCCGACGACUGUGGAGGUGUACCUGGCUUCACAGCGAUGCAAGGUUCCAAAACGGCUGGAUACUAUUUCAGCUUAACCGCCUCAGAUGUUCUGGUCUCUUAUGGGUGUUCCGUCGGUGGCAGCACGACGGCCAUCUGCACGGAAGCCGUCACUGGGACCGGCGCUAUGAGCCCAGGAACCUCUACCUUCACGCUUGGUCCAUCUGAUCUUCCGUUGAUGGAACAACCUGUUACUGUCACUGCCGGUUCGAUCACUCAGGACACGAGCAGUGCUACUUCUGCCGUUUCUGCCGUUUCUGCCGCUUCUGCCGCUUCUGCCGCUUCUGCCACGACAACAUCUGGAGGACCCCCUUCAUCGACCAAUACUUCAUCGGAUACUUCUACCGCUGCCACCAAGACUUCCAAGGCAUCUGCUGUAUCAACUGCGAGCAGCACUGGUGGUAGUAUGCCUCUAAUAACCGGAAACGUUAAGCUCUCACUCGGUGGCGCUGUGCUCGCCCUGGCUGCUGCUGGAAUUUAAAACACUCAUUGAUUCACUUCAUUUGUCCGGCGAAUAUCUGCCGGUGCUGCUAACACGGUGAACAAACAACUUCUUUUAUUUGUACAAAGAACUGAAAAUUUUGCAAGUGGGAUCAAGACCUAGCGACUGCUGUUGUUUCGAUACUACUGCGGAGGGCUUUUCAGAGUUUUGCUCGUCAAUAUCACUUACAUAGAAGGACUGUAAGUACAUAUGUACAUGUAGUUUGCGAUGUAGAUUCGACAUAGUAUUAUAACAAUUGAUUCAAGCUAUUGAAUGCAACUUUAAUCCUGAAGAAUACCUAUUCAA